UCUAUAAUAUAUACAAUCACAAAAAAUUUAAUUAUUAUAUACAUUUGUAUAGAAAAUUUCUUAACAAACAUGUUCUCAGCUUACGCUUAUUUAUCUGCUUAUGACAGACAUAAAAAGCUUAUAAAUGACUAUCUGUUAUUAAAAGGAGAAACUGUAACAUCUUUAAAGCGAGACACGUCCCGAGAUAAGAGAGACUAUGAUGUUAUCAAAGAGAAUCAUAAAUUUCUAUGGGAUGAGGAUGAAGACCAACCUAGUACGUGGGAAGCUCGAUUAGCUAAAAAAUACUAUGAUAAAUUGUUUAAAGAAUAUUGUAUCUGUGAUUUGACUUAUUAUAAAUACAACAAGGUUGCGUUGAGAUGGAGAACAGAGAAGGAAGUGAUCGUAGGCAAAGGACAAUUUGAAUGUGGCAAUAAAAAAUGUACUUUAAAAGAAGACCUUCGUUCAUGGGAAGUUAACUUUGGUUAUAUUGAACAUGGAGAAAAGAAAAAUGCUUUAAUAACACUGCGUCUAUGCCCAGAAUGUUCAAUGAAAUUAAAUUAUCGAUCUCAAAAGCGUGAAGUAAAAAGAAACAAGGCAUUAAAACGUCUAGGAUCACAUCCUAAAUCUGAUAUUGAAAAACCUAGUACAUCCGAUGAUACAUCUAAUAAUACGAGAAUCAAAGAGAAUGAAGAUCUUUCAACGGCUGAAAAUGUUGAUAAUACUGUGGAUGAAGAAUUGAAAGUUGAGAAAUCUAAUAUUUGGAAAGAGAAACCCGUAGAAUCAAUAGAACGAUCAAGAGAAGAAGAAUUUGAAGAAUAUCUCGCUGACUUAUUCAUGUAAAAAAAAAAUAUAAUUUUUUUUCAUAGCUAUAUAUCUACCAUAUUCAUAUGAUAAUAACUAUUUUCCUAUAAUAUCAAUAGUGGAUAUAUAUUAGUAGUAUUAA